AUGAUCAGAGCAGAGAGCAGGCAGACGGCCAGAGAGACGGUCUACCUGGACAUGGAUCACCUGUUGCUGCUGCUGCUGCUGCUGCUGCUGUGGAGCUCAGGACUCCAGGCUGAAGGACGACACACCUCAACAGAGCCUGAUGAUGUCAGGUUGGUGGGAGGAGCCAGUCGCUGUGCAGGAACACUGGAGGUGAAACAUCAGGGAGACUGGAGACCAGGGAGUGACUCUGUCUGGACCCUGAAGGCAGCAGCUGUUGUCUGUAGAGAUCUGGACUGUGGCUCUGCUGUUUCUGUAGGACAGAGAAAGAAGUUUGUAUUCAGACCUGUGUGGGGGAUCAGCUUUGUCUGUGUUCAGUCUGGAUCUGCUCUGAGGGACUGUGUAUCAUCAUCUUCCUCUUCCUCCAUCCUGGAUCUCACCUGCUCAGGCACCUUCCUGCAGUGGCUGGCGGGAAUCCACGUAGUUCUUUCCGCCACUUUUACCGCUGUGUAUGUUGUCAGGAGCACCUUUCCACCUCUGCGCCUUCCAGUGCUUUUCUUCUGA